AUGUGUAACGACGUGCCCGAAACCUGGGGCCGAAUGGUCCGUAAGGCUGAGGGCGUGCGAGUGAAACUUGGGGUUUUUUCCCUGGGAGCAGCGCUGAGCUGUGCGUGUGCUCCGGCAGACCGUGUGAAGCCGCACGUUUGCCGGUGCCCCCGGCAGCUCGCUCCACAGAGACGUUAUUUGGGUGGACUUUUCAUGAGGAACACUGUUCAGGAGCACAGUGCAUUUCGAUUUGCUGUGCAGUUAUACAACACAAACCAAAAUACCACAGAAAAGCCCUUCCAUUUGAAUUAUCAUGUAGAUCACUUGGACUCUUCAAACAGUUUUUCAGUGACAAAUGCUUUCUGUUCACAGUUUUCCAGAGGAGUUUAUGCCAUUUUUGGAUUCUAUGACCAGAUGUCAAUGAACACACUGACGUCAUUUUGUGGAGCCCUUCACACAUCCUUCGUCACACCCAGCUUCCCAACAGAUGCUGAUGUGCAGUUUGUCAUCCAGAUGCGACCAGCAUUAAAAGGAGCCAUCUUGAGUCUCUUGACUCAUUAUAAGUGGGAAAAGUUUGUGUACCUCUAUGACACAGAACGGGGAUUUUCCAUUCUUCAGGCAAUUAUGGAAGCAGCGAACAACUGGCAAGUGACAGCCAGAUCUGUAGGAAGCAUAAAGGAUGUUCAGGAGUUCAGAAGAAUCAUAGAAGAGAUGGACAGACGGCAAGAAAAGAGAUAUUUAAUCGACUGUGAAGUAGACAGAAUCAACACCAUUUUGGAACAGGUUGUAGUCCUUGGCAAACAUUCCAGAGGCUAUCACUACAUGUUAGCUAACCUGGGUUUCACAGACAUUGUUCUGGAGAGAGUAAUGCACGGAGGUGCCAACAUUACUGGAUUCCAGAUUGUUAAUAAUGAAAACCCAAUGGUUCAACAGUUUCUGCAGCGCUGGGUGAGGCUCGAUGAGAGGGAAUUCCCUGAAGCCAAAAACUCACCAUUAAAGUAUACAUCUGCACUGACCCAUGAUGCAGUCCUAGUCAUAGCAGAGGCUUUCCGUUACCUCCGAAGGCAGCGUGUGGAUGUCUCCAGGAGAGGCAGUGCUGGAGAUUGCCUGGCUAACCCUGCGGUGCCGUGGAGCCAAGGAAUUGAUAUAGAAAGAGCUCUGAAAAUGGUGCAAGUCCAAGGAAUGACAGGGAACAUCCAGUUUGACACCUAUGGGCGGAGGACAAACUACACAAUUGAUGUGUAUGAAAUGAGAGCUGCUGGAUCACGGAAGGCUGGUUAUUGGAACGAAUAUGAAAGAUUUGUGCCAGCAUUAGAUCAGCUGCCCUCUAAUGACAGUUCCUCUGUGGAGAACAGAACUAUAGUAGUCACUACCAUCUUGGAAUCACCAUAUGUAAUGUAUAAGAAAAACCAUGAACAACUAGAAGGGAAUGAGAGAUAUGAAGGAUAUUGUGUAGACUUAGCUUCUGAAAUAGCAAAACAUGUUGGAAUAAAAUACAAACUGUCAAUUGUUGGAGAUGGGAAAUAUGGAGCUAGGGACCCUGAGACUAAGAUAUGGAAUGGCAUGGUGGGUGAACUGGUCUAUGGGAGAGCAGAUAUAGCUGUUGCCCCCCUCACCAUAACGUUGGUGCGAGAAGAAGUCAUAGACUUUUCCAAGCCCUUUAUGAGCCUGGGCAUCUCCAUCAUGAUCAAGAAGCCUCAGAAAUCUAAACCAGGCGUAUUCUCUUUCCUGGAUCCUUUGGCUUAUGAAAUUUGGAUGUGUAUAGUCUUUGCUUACAUUGGCGUCAGCGUAGUUCUUUUCCUAGUCAGCAGAUUCAGCCCUUAUGAAUGGCACUUGGAAGACAGCAAUGAAGAACCUCGUGACCCUCAGAAUCCUCCCGACCCUCCAAAUGAGUUUGGAAUAUUUAACAGCCUUUGGUUUUCCCUGGGUGCCUUUAUGCAGCAAGGAUGCGAUAUUUCUCCAAGAUCUCUCUCAGGGCGAAUUGUCGGAGGAGUCUGGUGGUUCUUCACUCUCAUCAUUAUCUCUUCCUACACUGCUAAUCUUGCUGCCUUCCUCACGGUGGAAAGGAUGGUUUCUCCCAUAGAGAGCGCAGAGGACCUGGCGAAGCAAACCGAAAUAGCCUAUGGCACUUUGGAUUCAGGCUCAACCAAAGAAUUCUUUAGAAGGUCAAAAAUAGCAGUCUACGAGAAAAUGUGGUCAUACAUGAAGUCGGCUGAGCCCUCAGUGUUCACCAAAACGACGGCGGAUGGGGUGGCGAGGGUGCGGAAGUCGAAGGGGAAGUUUGCCUUCCUGCUGGAGUCGACGAUGAACGAGUACAUCGAGCAGCGCAAGCCCUGCGACACCAUGAAAGUCGGCGGCAACCUGGAUUCCAAGGGCUAUGGUGUAGCAACCCCCAAAGGCUCAGCAUUAAGAAAUGCUGUUAACCUGGCAGUAUUAAAACUGAAUGAGCAAGGCCUCUUGGACAAAUUGAAAAACAAAUGGUGGUACGACAAAGGAGAGUGCGGCAGCGGGGGAGGUGACUCCAAGGACAAGACAAGCGCUCUGAGCCUGAGCAAUGUCGCCGGGGUUUUCUAUAUCCUCGUCGGAGGCCUCGGGCUGGCCAUGAUGGUGGCACUGAUCGAGUUCUGCUACAAGUCUCGGGCUGAGUCCAAGCGAAUGAAACUCACCAAGAAUACACAGAACUUCAAACCCGCCCCUGCCACCAACACCCAGAAUUACGCUACAUACAGAGAAGGCUACAACGUGUACGGCACAGAAAGUGUGAAAAUCUAGGGAUCUUCACCCUGACAACACGCAAGAGGAGAAGCAGCAGAGAAUGUGGCCACUUCAUGGAUUUGGACCACCUGAGCCAGUCAUACUCUCUCUCUGAGGUGUCAGGCAUGACACGCAAUGAUGAUGGUGCAAUGUACUUUUAAUAGGAAAAACUGCUAUUUUUUUCCUUCAGUGCCUUAUGGAAGACUGAGACUCACAACAAUGCAAACCAUCAACGAAAAAUUCUUGCUUUGUUUGAAAGAAUAAAAUGAAAAAAUAAGAAAAAGUAAAAGAAAAAGAAGAAAAAAAAAAGAAAAUAAAAGAAAAAAAGAAAAGGACAGAUAACAAAAUAGUCUUAUGUGAAAAAAAAAUAUUGUAAAAAAAAAAGUGCAACAAAAGCCAUUCUUUGAUACCACUGCACAGUAAAUGAACUUGUGUCCUGAAAGCAAACCGCAGCCGGUUUCAUCAGCCACCCAGAUCGUAUUGAAUUAUGAAACUCCUCCUGACACAAAGCCUCAGAAAUCUGCUGCGUGCGAACACAGACUGGCCUGUCACUGCUUGUAUGAGCUUAUGUCGAGAUGUUUCAGUAUUUACUUACCAGUGGUGUGAUUUAUUUUUUUUCCGAGCCACUUUAAACUCUCCAGCUAAUUUGAGCAAUUCUGUAUAGCAGUAAAAGGUGUAACACCUGAAGAAAUGAAUCUGUGCAUCAAAACCAGUUA